GAUGUAGAGGCAAGAUAAAAUAGUGUACAAUGCACAUUCACAGCAACAAAUGACACGAAAAGGGGAUAUGGAGCAAUACUAACAGCCUUUUUGGUGUAUUUAUUUUUUUGAAUACGUGUUUUAUUUAAAUUCUGCUACAUAGAUAAACGCUCGGCUCGUCAAUGAGGAUUUUAUUGCGAAAUUACAACCCGGAAGUCGUGUGUUUACACUUUGAUUCGCGCUGUUUGACAAGUGACAGCAAGUACGUAGACGCACGUAUUUGUUUGCUGAAGUUUUUCCCGGUUUAACGGCGACGUUAAAACCAACUAUGACCUCCGGUAGCGGAAUUCAGAUACCGAGCCGUCUCCCGCUGCUGCUGACCCACGAGGGAGUGCUGCUGCCGGGCUCCAGCGUCAGGUUCAGCGUCGACUCUCCGCGGAACAUGCAGCUGGUGAGCCAGCGGCUGCUGAGGGGAACCUCGCUGAAAAGCACCAUCAUAGGAGUGAUUCCAAGCACCAGAGACCCGCAGAAUGACACCGACGACCUGCCCACACUGCACAAAAUUGGAACAGCAGGGAUCGCGGUGCAGGUUGUGGGCAGUAACUGGCCAAAGCCCCACUACACCCUCCUCAUCACAGGGCUGUGCCGCUUCAGCGUGUCGAGGCUGCUGAAGGAGCGGCCCUUUGUCCUGGCAGAGGUGGAGCAGUUGGACAAAUUGGAGCAGUACACGACUCCAGCAACAGAGGGAGUCGGCCCUGAUGACGGAGAACUUGGGGAGCUGUCCGAGAAGUUCUACCAGGCUGCUGUACAGUUGUUAGGCAUGUUGGACAUGUCUGUACCAGUGGUGGCAAAGUUCCGGCGUCUGCUGGACAGUCUGCCCAGGGAGACUCUACCCGAUGUGGUCGCUGCCAUGAUCCGCACCUCCAACAAGGAGAAACUACAGGUGUUGGACGCAGUGAGCUUGGAGGAGCGAUUUAAGACGGCCCUGUCCAUGUUGACCAAACAGAUCGAAGGACUCCAUCUGCUUCAGAAAACCAGGAAGAAGAGUCCUGACAAUGAGAAGAGGUUGGUCCCUGUGCGUAAAAGUAGAAGAGCGUUCCCAGGUCGGCAGUUCAAUCUGGACGAGGACGAUGACGAAGAUGGAGAUGACGUCACAGCCUUGGAGAAGAAAGUCCAUAGUGCGAACAUGCCUGAGGCUGCGCUCAGAGUUUGCCUGAAGGAGCUCAAGAGACUUAAGAAGAUGCCUCAGUCCAUGCCCGAGUACGCCCUGACCAGAAACUACUUGGAUCUGAUGGUGGAGCUGCCGUGGAGUAAAAGCACGAAAGACUGCCUGGACAUCAGAGCUGCCCGCACGCUGUUGGACAACGAUCACUACGCCAUGGACAAGCUGAAGAGACGCGUGCUUGAGUACCUGGCCGUUAGACAGCUCAAGACUUCGCUCAAGGGUCCCAUUCUGUGCUUCGUGGGUCCCCCAGGAGUUGGGAAGACCAGUGUGGGACGUUCCAUCGCCAGGACACUCGGCAGAGAGUUUCACCGCAUCGCUCUGGGAGGCAUCUGUGACCAGUCUGACAUCCGGGGCCACAGGCGUACAUAUGUAGGGAGCAUGCCUGGCCGCAUUAUCAAUGGGCUGAAGACGGUGGGUGUGAAUAAUCCCGUCUUCCUCCUGGAUGAGGUUGACAAACUGGGGAAGAGCCUUCAAGGAGACCCUGCCGCUGCUCUGCUGGAGGUCCUGGAUCCAGAGCAGAACCACAGCUUCACAGACCAUUACCUCAAUGUGUCCUUUGACCUCUCUCAAGUGCUUUUCAUUGCGACCGCAAACACCAAGGCCACCAUUCCCCCGGCCCUGCUCGACAGGAUGGAGGUGCUGGAGGUCCCAGGCUACACCCAGGAGGAGAAGUUGGAGAUUUCUCACCGUCAUUUAAUCCCCAACCAGCUGGAGCAGCAUGGAUUAACACCUCAGCAGCUGCAUCUACCACAGGAAAGCACGCAGGAAAUCAUCAGCAGGUACACUCGCGAGGCAGGCGUGCGCUCCCUAGAGAGGAAGAUCGGCGCGGUCUGCCGAGCCGUGGCAGUGAAGGUCGCUGAAGGUCAAAGACUCGCUAAGACAGAGGCUUCAAUCCGCGGGGGAGCAGCAGUCGACCAAGAAGAUAAGGCAGUUCCCCCAGAGUUGCCCAUCGUGAUCGACCACGUGGCCCUGAAAGACAUCCUGGGUCCACCGCUGUUUGACAUGGAGGUGUCUGAGCGCUUCACUCUGCCCGGUGUGGCUCUGGGUCUGGCCUGGACUCCUCUCGGGGGGGAGAUCAUGUUCGUGGAGGCAAGCAGGAUGGAGGGAGAGGGUCAGCUGACUCUGACCGGUCAGCUGGGAGACGUCAUGAAGGAAUCGGCUCAUCUGGCCAUCAGCUGGCUGCGAGCUAACGCUAAAACCUACCAGCUCACCAACAUGGUGGGGAAUCCAGAUCCAUUAGAUGGGACCGACAUCCACCUCCACUUCCCCGCUGGAGCCGUCACCAAGGACGGCCCCUCUGCCGGUGUUACCAUAGUAACCUGCCUGGCCUCGCUGUUCAGCAGCCGCCUGGUCAGGUCAGACGUCGCCAUGACAGGAGAGAUCACGUUAAGAGGACUGGUGCUGCCGGUGGGCGGGAUCAAGGACAAAGUGCUGGCGGCUUACAGAGCAGGCGUGAAGUGCGUCGUCCUGCCCAAACGCAAUGAGAAGGACCUGGAGGAACUUCCUGCAAAUGUCAGGGAGGAGUUGGACUUUGUCACCGUGGAAACGCUGGACCAGGUCCUGAACGCAGCCUUUGACGGAGGAUUCACAGGGACACAUGGACGCACACACACCCCGCAGCUGAACAGCAAACUGUAAAACACAUGCACACACAGUGACACACACAAACGUUAACACACACACACAGUGAAUGUUCUAUUUUCUCUGAAUAGAAUUAUUUUCAUGUUCAGAUCAUUUUCAUGUUGCAGAUUUAAUUUGAACAAAUUAAAUAAAUAAAUAGUUAAAGUCAAACUGGACAGAUAACAAUGUUACAGCAAAAGAAAACAUAAUUAAUUAGAUUAAAUGUGUUAUUAAUUCUCUCUUUGAGGAUUGUGAAUUAAAGCAAAAUAAAAAAGUAAAUUAGAAAUGAAUAAAACCAUGUUUGUUUGCACUGAUGUCACUGACAGAGUAAACAGUAAAUGUCAGUAAAAUAAAGAAUUAUCCACAGAAA